AAAACCGGAAGUUUGGAAAAACAGAAAAGAGGCCUCAGAGCGUUCAUAUAAAGCUUGCGAAGUGUAAAGAAACUCGAAAAUGAAGAAUGAAAAGACGGAGAGGCUAACUGUAGCACACCAAGUAGCCUAACUAGCUUCUCCACCGCGGUCAGAAGGAGCACGGUCUCCGCUGUUGUUAUCGCGGGGCCUGGAGCAGAGUUAAUAGGUUGAACGGUUACAGAGAGGCCGGGGUGAGCGUAUCGACUCACUUUGACUAAAUAUGGAGUUCACGUAAUUAUCAGCCUCACGACUUAAUCCGAACGUAAGGCCGAACCGACCCUAUAACUCCGGGAUCCGUACAAGUGACGACCCUUUGGUCAUGUGAUCAAACUGGUCAGUCUGACGUCAUCACAUGGACUAAAUAAGAUCCAGACUCAGAGUGUGUAUCUGUGAAACGAGGGAGGCGGCAGAGGGAAGAGAAAAAUGGGAAAGACGGGGGAGAGAGGAGAGAGACUAUGAGCAGAGUGUAGCCCCGCCCACUCCUGAGCCCCACCGGUGACCCAGAACAACAGCAGCAGAUGAUGAGAUAUGGAUCAGACGAAUGACGACGUUUAAAGAUUCAGCUGAAGGCCACACAGUGCUGCAGUGGUUGGUGGCGUUGCCUCACAGCAGAUUUUUGGAGUGUGUUUCUGUGGAGGCUGCAGAGCGAGGCGGACCGGCAGGCUGCCCUACGAACACAGUAAAUCCACAGAGACAGCAGGGAUGAUGGGAGCGGGAGGAAAAAAAGGGACAAAAACACAGCCAUUCCAGAAGAGAAAAGACGACUUGGACCCAGAAUUCAGCCAAUGAGAUGAAACGGGAACAUCAUCACCAUCUUCAUCUUCAUCAUCAUCAUCAGCAGCAGCAGCAGCAUCUCUCUGACUCCACUCUGCUCUGACUGUGGCGUCAUCAUGACUGCUGCUGCUGGAGGCUGGAUGUUGGACGCUGCCUGGUGGAUGUGUAGGAUGCGGAGCUGAGGCGGAGGAUCAGUGGGACCUGGAGAUGAGGCUGCGUCUGUAAAUAACAGGGCACUGUGCUGCAGAGAAACGGGUCCGACCCAAGAGCAUCGGACCCACGAUGGAUUAUUCAUGUGACGGAGUGGAUAAAGGACCGACACUUCAGAUGCACAGCCUCAGAGAGUACGAGCAGCACCUGAACGACCUGAAGAAGGAGAACUUCAGCCUGAAGCUCAGGAUCUACUUCCUGGAGGAGAAGAUCCAGCAGAAGUUUGAGGAGAGCAGCGAUGACGUGCACAAGCGGAACAUUGAACUGAAGGUGGCAGUGGAGAGUUUGAAGCAGGAGCUGGAGGACAAACAGCAGCUCCUGGACAAAGCUGUGCUAACAGCAGACAGCUUGACCAAUCAGAAUGAAGCAGAGCUGCAGCGCCACCUGGCGGAGCGACAGGUGGAGAUCAGCCACAUGCAGGAAAUCCUGGAGAGCAAAGUUCAGCGGCUACAGCAGGAGGCGGAGUUAGCACGAGGAGAGGCCGAACGCCUGGCCUCUGUGGCCGACUCUGAGGCCCAGCGGUGCCUGGCUCUGGAGAGAGAGAUGGUGGAGAGGCUGGAGGAGGGUGGAGACUCAGCUGGACUCUUUACCCAGCAUGCAUUGGCUGAGAAAGACCGACUGAUUGAAGAAUUGAAAAAGGAGAAACAUUCUCUGGGUCUCAGAGUUGUGGAGCUCCAGACCAGAGUUUCUUCUCCAAAGAACAGAGGAAACUUGAAGAGUCAGGAUGAAGAUGGAGAUGAAGACACACUGAGGCAGCUGGGUCACUAUGAGAGCGCGGUGGGUCAGUGUGUCAGUGAGCUGCUCCAGGCCCAGCAGCAGGUCAGCUCUCUGCAGGCCAAGAUCAGAGAGAGUGAGGCCAGGAACCAGAAGCUGCAGGAGCGCCUCUGUGGGAUGGAGCUGGAACUGCACUCAGCCCAAGAAGAAGCUCAACAGCAGGAAAGAAACAUCCAGAACAUCAGUGAUGUUGUCAGCUCAAAGGAGGCAGAGGCCUCAGAGCUCUACAGAGUAAUAGAGGAGCAGAACAAGAUGCUUUGUUCUCUCAAAAACCUUUCAAAUCGCCAGCAUCUCCAGCAGCAGCCCCCAGGACCAGAAGGUGUCCACGGUCAUAGAGAAGUUCUGACUCUGCAGGCCUCUCUCUUCCAAGCUCAGCUGGAGCUCCAGGCUGGUGAGCGGCUGCAGCAACAGGCCGCCAGGAUGCAGGAAGACCUGAGCCGGGCUCUGCAGAGGCUGGAGGAUGACCUGCAGGGAGCGCUGCAGCACAGGCGGGACACAGAUAAGCACAAUCAGGAGCUGCAGAUGGCUCUGGAGAAGACUCGGAAAUCCCUGCAGGAGAAGGAGGCGCAGCUGAGGGAGAGUGAGUGGCAGAUACAGAGGGAGAGAGAGGAGAGGGAAAAGAGCAUCAGAGAGCUGAGGACAUCUCUGCAGACCAAAGAGCAGCUGCUGGAGGACUACUGUGAUCUUCUGGAGGAGCAUCAGACUGAGAAGAGAGACUCUCUACUUCAGAAACUGCACCAGCGAAUCAGAGACAGAGACCGAGCUCUGGAGAGAGCUGUGGACGAGAAGUUCCACUGUGUGGAGGAGAGAGAGGAAGAGGCUCGACGGCUUCAGCUGCUGCUCAGAGAGAAGGAGAGAGACCUGGAGAGGCAGCGCUGUGUGCUCCUCAACAACGAGGAGACCAUCAUUAGUCUGGAGGUUCUGGUUCGUGGUAAAGCUGUGGAGCUGGAGCAGGUGAGCGAAGCCUGGAGGAACCUUCAGCGCCAGCAGGUGGACAGAGAAGAGAAGCAGAGAGACUCUCUCAGAGAGAGGGACACUAUCAUCAGCCAGCUGCAGGGAGCGCUACAUACUCGCACACAGGAGACUCAGGAUCUACGCUGUUCUCUGCUCGCUCAGAUCCACGCUGCUCCCACUGAGGUCCUGGAGGAGCUGAAGGUCCGUCUCCAGCUCAAAGACCGUCUCUUCCAGGAGGUUCUAGCUGACCGGACUCGUCAGGCCCAGCAGCACCAGCAGGAGGUGCAGAGUCUGAUGAUGACCAUCAGCUCCAGGGACCAGUACAUUCAGGACUGUGGGAGACGACUGGGGGAGGUGAUGAACGAGCAGACGUCCAGGCUGCAGGAGCUCCGCAGACAGCUGAGCUCAGGUUUGGGCUCCAAGCCCGACUGUGGUACCGACUCGGUUCUGGAACUCCAGGCCCUGGAGGAGGAGCUGUGUUUGGCUCUGAGGAGGGAGAAGGAAAACCAGGAGCUGAGCAGGAGUCAAGCUGCAACUCUGGACUCCUUCAGCCGCACACUGCAAGUGAAGGAGCAGAUCAUCAGGGACCUUCAGAGUCAGAUGGUGGAUCCUUCAGACCUCCCUCUGGUAGAGAGGCUGACCCAGGAGCUUCAGACGCUGAGGGAGAACCUGGUGGAGCCUGACGUAGACCUCCCAGCAGGAGGUCCUGACCUCCGAGGUCAUAACAGGCCCGGGGGCAGACAGCCUGAGUUUGGAGGUUCAGAGGAUGAAGAGGAUGAUCAACUGAACAGUGAUGAAGGUCAAAGAAAGGUCAAGUCUCUGAGCAACCCCCAGGGCUGCGGAGCUCCAGAGACGGCUCCACUGAAUGAUCUACUCUUAAAAGGUCAAAGUCUGUUGGAGGUACAACAACUGGUGGAGCAGAAGAGGGCGGUGGAGAGGGAGCUGGUGGAGCUGAAGGCUCAGCUGGAGAAGACAGGAUUCUCUUCACUUUCACAGAUCAGGAGAGCUCUGUUCAGCCUCCAAACAGAGAACGAUGAUUUGAAACGUCAGCUGACCGAAGGCCGACAUGUGGAGCAAAAAAACUAUAACGCCCAACAGGCUGUAGAAGAAGUUGAAGCAGAAGAGGAGGAGCUGGAUGUGACCAUCGAAGGUGUGGAGGUGGAGGAGGAGUUGUGGGAGACCUGGGACAGCGAACUGCCUCCCCCUCACGCCAACAUCCAGAGUGAGGAGAAAGGUGGGAGCCAGACCUCCACCCAUGAGUCAGAGCUCAGACUCACCAACUCCUCACAGGCUAAGGAGCCACGGCCCAGCAUGCAACAGGCCGCUGCUUGUCAUGACAGUCUGCAGCAGAAGAGCAGAGAGCUGAAGGAGAGGCUCAUGGUCUCUGAGGCCACGGUGCAGGUUCAGGCGGAGCAGCUCAAAGACUACAGGCAGCUGCUGAACGCUGCAGCAGCGGAGGGAGCAGUGCAGCAGGACAGUAAACUGGUCCAGGUCGACCUGCAGGACCUGGGCUACGAGACCUGUGGUCGCAGCGAGAACGAGGCAGAGAGAGAAGACACUAGCAGCCCAGAGUUUGACGAUCUGGAGAUGUGCACGUCUCUGGACUGUGGCUCUCAGUGGUGGCCUUCCAGCACCAGCACCUCCACCUUCACCAAAGCCACCAACAAGAGUUCCUCUUCUGGAGAUGAGGUGUCCUCUCUGCAGCGACUGGUGGAGGACCUGCGCUCACAGUUGUCCCGUUCUCAGGGCGUGAUCCGAGGCCUCCACAGUCGCCUGCGCUCGCUCUCCACCUCCAAUCACUGUGAGAACUCCACCCCUCGUAAAGUCAACUGGAGCUUCCAGGCUUCACCCUCACAGAGCGGCACAGAAGACGACGAGGGAUGGCAGUCUUCUGACGGAGGUCCGCUGCCCUCUCCUGGUCACUCUCACUCAGACAAAGGUCUUCAGGAGCUGGUGUCCAGAAUAGACGCUCUGGAGAACCAGCUGAGGAAAGGAGGCAAGAAGUGUGUGGAGCAGGAAGAGGCGCCUGUCGGACAGCCAAGUAAACUGGACUCUCUGAUCCAGGCUCAGGCCAGAGAACUGUCUCACCUGCGUCAGCGUCUCAGAGAAGGUCGUAGCGUCUGUAACAUCCUCACCCAGCACCUGGGAGACACCACCAAGGCCUUCGAGGAGCUGCUGCGGGCCAACGACAUCGACUACUACAUGGGCCAGAGCUUCAGGGAUCAGUUGGCCCAGAGCAGCUCUCUGGCUCAGCGGGUCGGCGCCAAGAUCAGUGGACGAGAUCAUGCUGAAGACCCAGAGGAGAAGACGGAGCUGCUGGCCAUCAGACUCAGUAAAGAGCUGCAGCAGAAGGACAAAGUCAUCGAGUCUCUCCGAGCCAAGUUAAACCAGCAACACCACCAUCUUCAUGAUCAAGGUUCUUCUCAUCGUUCUGACACGCCCUGCAGCAGCCACGCCCUCUCUGAUGCCACCGACCAAUCAGAUCGCAUCUCCUACAUCUCUGAUGAGCGUGGAUCCACAAACGAGGACCUGGAGCUUUGCUCCGAGCUGGAUGCUGCCAACGAGAUCAGUCCAGAGGACACGCCUGGGUCUAGUCGGGUCAGCACAGACUGCCACUCUCACAGCAGCACCGUAUCCCAUCAUCCAUCUGUUCCUCCAUCCAUCGCCUCGUCCCACAGGACUCAGUCCUGCCUCAGCUGUCCCAGCAUGCAUUGCACCAGCUCACCACACCGACCCGUGGACAUACAGAGUAUGACAGCUCCAGCUUCAGUCUUCACUGCUGCUCCCUCGUACCCGCCCCCGUCCUCCUCUGCCCCAACUGCACCCUUGUCCUUCCACCCUCACCCCACUACCCAGAGAUCCCGUCACCAGUGCAGCAGUGGUGCUGGUAACUAUGGUAACAGUGGUGGUGGUGGAGCAGGCUGGUCAUUGGCCGACGUUCAUCAGGAGCUGCAGAUGUUACAGAAGCAGCUGGGAAACAGUGACAGGUUUUCCACCCCCCAGUCCAAACCUCUUCGUGGUUUCCCCUUCACCCCCCAGCAGUCCAACCCCUCAGCCUUCCUGCCCCUCUCCUUCCAUGGAUACCAGCCUUCUCCCUUCACCAGCAGCCUGGACGGCACCUUGGCCAUGAAGGCAGGUUCAAGUCUGCUGGAGAGCAGUGCACUCUGGGAUAUGGCUUAUGAUCCACGGUCAGGGAGACUAGGAGCCAACCUGUCGUCAGGAUCAUCAGGAUACCAGUCAGCAGUUAACCCCCCAGGUUCAGACCUGAUGCAGGAGCAUCUGAGGGAGGUGAGGGGUCUAAGGCAGAGGCUCGAGGACUCCAUUCAGACCAACGACCGCCUCCGUCAGAAGCUGGAGGACAGAUUGGCUCACACUCCCUCUGAGAAAGGUGCUCCAACCAACAUCUACAUCCAGGGCCUGGACUCAAUCGGACAGCUCUCCUCUGAGGUCAGACUUCUAAAGGAGGAGAACACCAGACUGCAGCAGACCACUGCAGAGGGCAAUAAAGAGGUGGCGCAGCUGAGGGAAACUGCUCUCCAGGAGCGUGCAAAGUUAAAGAAGGCGGAGCUCGAACUGGAGAAGUGGUCUGAGCAAAGCAGGAAGCUGCAAGCUGAGGCUGAAAGUCACAACCAGGAGGUUUUGCAGCUGAAACAGGAGAAACAGAGGAGCCAGGACACCAUCAACAGACUCCAUCAUGAGGUGAGCGUCCUGCAGCAGCAGCUGGGUGAGAGCCGCAGCCUGGUCCAGACCCUCCAGGCUGAGCUGCUGGUCUACAGCAGAGGACGUCGACAAGUGGGUGGAGCCAGUGACAACGUCCAUACAGGCAACAGCACCAACCUCUGCUUUGACCCCAGGGAACUGCACGUCCAGCUGGAGCAGCAGCUAAGUGGUCAACCUGGAGCCAAGAGGGCGCUCUUCAACGACAACGUUCCUUCCCCACCUGUCAGAGACACUGGACUGACUGGUCUUUCAUCUCCUACACACACGGUCCACAGGGGGGCAGAAGAGAUCAAACGAUCUGAAUCUUCCUCAGACCUCAGUCACGUUGUGGGCCAUGUUGAUGACUUCAGCGCCCUGCAGCAGCAGAUCCUGGAGGGCAGAGCUUUACUCUGUAAGAUGGAGGCAGCUCUACAUGUUCUGAGUGUCCCAACGCUGCAGGAGCUCAGCCUCCAUCAGCCUUCCUGUACCUCAGUCUCAGACACAGCUGCAGUGACGACGCUGCUGUCAGACACUAAAACUCUGAGGCAGAUCCUGGAGGAGGCUGCUUCUCUGCUCAGGAGGUUCUGCACCACCAAUCUGCCUAAAGGAACGGGAACCAAAGAGGAGGACAGUCUGAAGGAGGAGCUGUCUUCUCUGCGUCUGAAGCUCUCGGAGCAGGAGCAGGUUCUCAAGGACACCGUGGAGAGACUGCAGAGCUCCAACCGCACCAAAGACAGCAUGGAGCACUUCAUCAUCAGCCAACUGUCACGAACACGGGACGUCUUGAGAAAAGCCAAGACAAACCUGCAGUCUCCUCAGGAGAACAAGUGUAGAAUUUCCUCCCUCCAUCAAGCCUCCUUCUCCACCCCUUCUCCCUCCUCUUCCUCUUUUUUUUCCUCUCCAUCCUCCUCCUCCUCUUCCUCACCCCUGUGGCCUGUUAAAGGUUCAAACACCGGAGGCUUCUGUCGGCUUAGCUUCUCUCCUGGUCGGAGUGUCAUGACCAAGGAGCCUCAGACCUCCACCUUCCUUCUCCCCUCUCCCUCCUCUGCUGUCCAGGCACCUGUCCACAUCCAACGCCCCCUGCAGGCAGCCGUUCUGUAGUGCACCAGCAGAGAAUUCAUCUCCAUUAGAUCAAACUGAAAUUGCUGGACUCCACCUUCGUCCUCCACCUUCGUCCUCCAUCCUUGUCUUCCAUUAGGGUUUGGUGACAGCAGCAGGAACAGGGAGCAGAAACCAAAAAUUUAAAAGUGCUUCCAUCUCCUCAGCUGGGGCUGAAGUGUGUGUUUUUAGCCUUGGUAGUGAGUGUGUGUGUGUGUGUGUAGUACUGCUGAAGUUGCAUGUGUUUGAGGUGUUGUUGGAACAGAAGCCAUACUGUGUGAUGGUGCAGCAGCUCCUGUGUCAGUCCAGGAUCUCCGUCCGUCAACAGAAACUACUGAAAACUGAGAAUUUACCGAGGAAACAAAACUUCCAGUGACAGACAGUAAAAAAUAAAACACUGACAAGAGGUUUUAGUCUAAUGCAGGGGUCUUCAAUACGGGGUCUGCCACCCAAAGAGGGUCCACAAGGGACUGAAAAGGGGUCAGAUUUUUAAAAAAUAUUUGAUUUGUAUUAUUUGAACCAUAUAUACCGUAUAUAUGUGUGUGUAUAUUUAUACAUAUAUAUGUGUGUAUAUAUAUAUAUGUGGUAGGGGGUUUCUGCUCUGUCUCUUCAUCAGUCUUGGGGUCUUUGGACUCAAAAACCUUGAAGACCCCUGCACUCCUGUACAGUAAAUUUGCUGUAUUUUUUCUCAAGGGUCCAACCUAGUUUUAAAAAAAAUGCUGCUUAGCAGUACGUGUGAUGCCUUCACUGACCUGCUGGACAAUCUGUAAAACAGGAAACAAUCAGUUAUUCUCAAAUCCGUGGUCCAAAAGAGGGAUGGAAAAUGGAAUAGUUUUAUUGUAUGUUUCUAUUCUUUUGAUAACCCCCCUCUCUAAAGCUGUGCAGCUAUUUAAAACUAUUCAUUCAUUGAUUUAAACAAAAAACCUUAAAUUGACAUUUUAAUAAUUUUAUUCUUACAAACUUCCACCAAAUGCUGUCACUGUUGUUGUUUUUUUCAUCCAGUUUUUUUGUCCCAUGCUUGAUUUCUAUGUCGUCUUUCUUUAUUUAAUCUCGUGCAUGAACUCUGGUGUCUUUUUAUUCUACUGAAAAUAUGCAACUGUUGAAGGGUUCCAGUGCAAUAGGCAGGUGUGUGUGUUGUUGUUCUAGUCCUGGAUGGUGCUCCGAGGCUCAGCUGAAUCCAACAGAAUGACUUUUAUAUAAAUCUGUGUUCAGUGUAUUCAUCAGUCAACACUGACGCAGGUGAUGAAGACAAUCACGGCUGUGGUCUGUACAACAGGAACAGGAACCAAUAAAAACACUGUAGAUUUUGUCUGCUGAGCAAUACCAUCAACCAAAGUGUCCGACGUUCAGAAAAUAUAUUUGCUUUAACUUGCUGUCUUUAUUAUUAUAUUUAUGGCUAAAGGAGUUGCUGCUGUUGUGUAAAUAUCAACAGUGUGUGUGUGUGUGUGUUUUAAUGAAAUUUCUUUUUUCUGUUGCUGCUGAAACAUAAAUGUGUUUAGAUGUAAAGAUCAGGUGUAUUUUUGGCAGUUUCUCUUUUAUUAAAGCAAUGUUUUAGAUUUAAAAAGGUGAAAAAAAACCCAACAUUUUCAAUAAAAAUUGAAAAAUCAAUCCAUCUCUGUUUGGA